AUGGCGCAACUCAAACCUUACAAAGGGGGCUACUAUCUUUGGAAAUAUGUCCCCUCGCUUCCAGCAGCAAUCAUCUUCUUGAUACUUUUCGUUGCUGCCACAGCAUUCCACAUUUGGAAGCUUCACCGAACAAAAGCUUGGUUCUGUCUGGCAUUUGCUCUAGGUGGGCUCUUCGAAGUCAUCGGUUACGUUAGUCGAGCCGCUGCCCACAGCAGCACAGACUCGGUGACAGUCUACGCGAUCCAGAACGUCUUCCUCCUCCUCGGACCAACCCUUUUUGCUGCCUCCAUAUACAUGACACUGGGUCGAAUCAUCCGCAGCGUCCACGCCGAGGAACACUCCCUCAUUCGAAUCAACUGGCUCACCAAGGUAUUCGUGAUCGGCGAUGUCGUAUCGUUUGUUGUGCAAGGAGGUGCAUCAGGCCUAAUGGCCACGGGCAAUAAUGUGAAGCUGGCAUCGAAUAUUGUGGUCGCUGGCCUCGUUGUCCAGGUCAUCAUGUUUGGUCUGUUCAUUAUCACAUCAGUUGUCUUCGAGGUUCGCAUGCGUCGAUCACCUCCUACCUCAGCCUUUGAUGAGCGGAUUGACUGGAUGAGUCUAUUGCGCACGCUCUAUGCUGUCAGUGCCCUUAUCUUGAUUCGGAGCAUUUUCCGCGUUGUGGAAUAUGCAGCUGGCAAUGACGGAUAUCCACUGACCCAUGAGUGGAUGCUAUACUUGUUUGACUCUGUGCUGAUGAGCAUAUCUAUGGUCAUCUGGGGUAUUUGGUAUCCUGGAACACUUCCGGGACUCAUAGUCCCGGGCCAGAAUACAGCCACAGAAGUAGUGGCCAGUCUAGAGCUGAAGGAGCGUUAG